GAAUGCGCCACGUGCAUGCUUGGCACGCAGCAGAAGAAGAAGUAGAAGCCUGGGUCUCUGGCAGCCAUGGCGAGGGUCGUUGUGCUUGCGGUCCUGCUGCCGCAGGUCGUCCUGGCGGCCAUAAACGUGAUUCCUCCUCACCGCCUGGUUCAUCUGGACUUGAAGGGGGCGCCGCCUAAGGCAUCCUACUUGAUCACGCUCAUCCCCAUCCUCAAGAGUCUCGGCGCCACGGGCCUGCUGAUCGAAUACGAGGACAGCUUCCCGUUCGUCGGUGAGCCGCUGCACGCCCUCGCGUCACCGCGGGCCUACACCCGUCAGGAACUCCGCGCCGUCUUGGACACGGCUAGAGACUACGAUCUGACGGUUGUGCCACUCAUCAACACCUUCGACAAGCUCGAGUACAUUCUCAAGCACCCGCAGUUCGCAAAGUACCGCGAGAGCCCGAGCGUACCCGACACGCUGUGCCCCUCUAACCCUGCCGGAGUAAAACUCAUUCAAGACAUCCUUGACCAGAUCCUGAACUUUCACCACGCUAGGGAGCUCUACUAUGUGCACAUCGGGUGCGGAGACGUGGCCGCACUCGGUCUGUGCGGACAGUGCACCGCGAGGCGUUUCGACCCGGCCCGUCGGGGCAACUCCCGUUCCGGCGGGCGCUUCGGCCUUUACGACAAGUACAUGCUGUACAUGUCUUACGUUCAGCUCAUUACCGACUAUCUGAAAGAACACCACGGCGUCAAGACGAUCGUGUGGCACGACACCCUCGCCAAGAUCCCCAACGAACUGUACCGCAUUCUCCCCGUUCACCUGCACGUCGAGGUCAUGGUAGCCACUUACAGAACAGAUUUGGAAUUCAGCGGGUGGCUGAACUUCGCGUCGCGUUUCGGCGAUUCGUUGUGGGUGGCUACCUCGUUCAAGGACGUUGGCGAAGCUCCAGUCGUUUACCCCCGACUCAAGGAGCGUGUCAAAAGUCACGUUACUUGGAUGGGGGCCAUGAGCGAGUGGAAAGACCACGUCCGUUUUCCGGGAGUUGCCUUGAUGGGUCCGCAACGAACAAGCCACGACUCGCCACUGCGCGAGCUGCUACCCACUAGCUUGCCAUCUCUGGCUGUCUGCCUUGCUGUAGUCCGUAAAGCUGGCCAGCUGCCCACCGUAAACCUCGGAUCAUCGCCGAUCGAACAGAUCCUAAAGUGCAACCGCACUAUUGACUUGAACGUUGACUACAAGGUGCAGGGUGUGAACUGCAAAUUUCCUGGAGCAGCGAUUGUGGACGAACUCCACAGUUUGGAGACGCUGAAACACCACUUGGAUCUUCUGCCGUACUUGCCGCUUUGCAAGCCCAGCUACGAGAGGUCUCACAACGAGAGCAAGGAGUGCGUCAAGAAUCUGAAUUCCCAAAUUGUGGAACUUUCGUCACUGAACUCGACCCUCAGAACGGCUCUCCAGGAGGUCUACAGAAAGGACAUCGCCGACGAGUACGCGACGGAUAAGAUCAGUACUGUGAUGGCGGACAUCAAGCGUAAACAAGAACUCCUGGAGGCGUCCGGCUCGCUUCGUAGCCUUAAGUCAACAGUGGGAACGAGGUACAGGAAGACAAAGUGGCCAAGCAGAUCACAUGCUGAUGCUGACGAGCGCGGCCGCCCACACGUUCAGAGAUGAAAAGCAAGGCCAUAAACAACUGUGUAAAUAAA